ACUCCUAUUGUGUGCAUAAUAUUGUGUGCAACGCAAAGAUGUGGAGCCUUCAAAACCUGCUUUUCAUCCUCUGCAUUUCUCUGAGAUGUGCGACCAGUGCAGUAGGGGUGCUCAAUGUCACUGGAUAUCUGAGAAGAGAGGUUAACAUUUCCUGCUCUUAUGAUCCGGGUUAUGAAUCAUAUGAGAAGUACCUCUGUAAGAACAGUUGUGGCAGGGGUGAUGUUCUUAUUACAACAACAAACCCAGUGAAGUAUAAAUACAUGAUCCAUGAUGACAAAAUAGCACGAAUCUUCACAACGACCAUCUCUGAUCUUCGUUCCAUGGAUGCCGGGAAAUACUGGUGUGGAGUGAAAAAAUUUUUGAAAGAUGUCUACACUGAAGUCGAGCUGAAACUAGUAAAAGACCGCUGCUGUGAUACUAUGACCAAAAUUCUGAAUUAUCAGGGAUAUUCAGAAUCCAUUAGUUGUCCGUAUGAGCGUCAGUACCAGAACAGCCUGAAGUACAUCUGCAGAGGAAACCGGCCCUCCACAUGUCUUCAGCAGGCACUGAUCACCUCUUACAACAAGGAAAAUGGACGAUUCAGACUUGAUGAUGAUAAAAUGUUAAAAGAAUUUACAGUGAACAUCACCAGUUUGAGCCAAGAGGAUUCAGGGUAUUACCUUUGUGGUGUCCAAAGAAACUCUGACUUGGAUGUUUUCUCUGCAGUUCUGUUGGAAGUUGAAGAGUUCUGCUGUGUCAAAUCAACUAAAAUAAAUGGUACUGUGGGGCAGCCACUAACUUUGCAGUGUCCUUAUUCUCCACAACACCGGGAUAACAGGAAGUUCCUCUGUAAGGGAGACCAGCACAACAGCUGCAUGGACAUGACCAAUCAAAGCAGGUUCACUGUCCAUGAUAAUGUUUCUUCCAGCUCUUUCUUGGUGAUGAUUGCAGAGCUGGAAGCAGCUGACGCUGGGACAUACUGGUGUGGGUCAGAUUCACAGUGGAAAAUUGGAAACUACACCAAGAUGGAGCUAUCGGUUUUUCUGCAGCACACUCUGGGAACUCUGGAAACAAAUAACCCAGCACUCUAUGUGGUUUACAUUGUAACCCCUGUGCUCCUACUGAUGUGUGUCCUGUUUAUUCUUUAUAAGUACAGACGUUCCACAGUUAAAGGUGAUGAAGCCACAAGCAGAAAUACCCAAAAUAAGCUAUAGAGCUCAGAGGAAGCGAUGGGGGCAGCAGAAAGUGGAGUAAGAGAAGUUUAAAGCCUUAAUAGAGUUUUGUUUCUUUAAUACACUUAAUUAUAAAUAUAGGGCAUAAAAUAAAUGACUGAUUUUUAUUUUUAGUUGCAUUUAAUAUGUAAAAUGUAUUUGUAAUGUAGCACAACUGGAAUUUCAUGAAGUCUCCCAUUUGGAGUCAUUGCCCAUACAUUUUUAUUUUUGAUGCUGAGAAAAUAGCAAAGUGAUGUAUGAAUGUUGAUGAAGUCCACACUAUAGCAUGGGUUCAGUCUCAUUCUGUGACAGUGGGCAAACAGCUGAAAGUCACCAAGGUCAAUAUAAUUGCAAUUGGAAACUUGAAUUAUGUAUUCAAGAAAAUAACUUAUGUACAAGAGAAGUGCUUCCCUGGCCUUGUUUAAGUUCUAUGUGGGUUUCUGACAUUAAUUGUUGAUGAAUGAGUAUAUCAUAGUGCAGUCUUUUAUUGUGACACAUAGGGGAGGCUAUCGGCCAGCAGCCUGCACUUACACUAGAGAACCAUGGAUACAUAAUUUAUGUGCUGCUGUUUUGAUAAUUUCAGUCUUUGUGUUUUAGAUUCUGUAUUUAAAGAAGUAUCAACUGUUUGUACUUUCUUCAGUUUUCUUUAAAUAUAUUACAAUUCUGGAGAGACAUACGUGUAUCUUCCCUCAGUAGUGGAGGUAUACACUUGUAUGCAAUGACAUACAAUGACAAACAUUCUACACUGGCUGUAGUGCUACAAUAGAACAUUCAAAAAUGUUUCCAUGAAAUCCCAAGUGUCUGUAAUACAUGUCACUCAUAGUUCUGUUUAUUGUGUUGUUGUUGUUUUUAAUGGAACUCAAGAAGCUGAGAUGACUGGUAGCCACUAUGAGGAUAUCGGUGGAGAUGAAGUAUCUAUCAAAACUUUACCAGAAAAAAAAAAAUCUACCGUGAUACAAAAUUUCAGCAGAAGACUGUUUUGUUUUUUGCUUGAU